GUCAGCAUCGGGUGCCUCUCCGCGAGGCUAGAAGGGCCUCGCCGAGAUGCCGGAAGCGCUAGAGGGGGCGGUCUAGGAGGCCGGAGGCCGUGGAGAGCGUGCGGGUGCGCAUACUCCCUUCCCCCCACACCCUCUUCCCGUCGUCAUGGAGUCGCUUCAGCGGUUCCAGGUGUUGAGGUGUUUCUCUUGCCGACUGUUCCAAGUUCACCAGGUUAAAAAGAGCAAUAAAUGGAACUGCAAAGCUUGUGGAGAGAAACAGUCACUUCUGAAGGUGUACGGGCAAGGCUCUGGAGCUGACUGCAGGCGUCACGUCCAGAAGCUAAACCUGAUGCAGGGUCUGAUGGGGCAGACGGCAGAGAUGACACUCGGGUCUUCAGAAAGCCCCAGCAACUCAAAUGAAGAGAAUACAGGUGACCCUCCUGGCGAGCAUUUGAAACAACCGGAGUUGAACCAGUCAGAGAGCCGCUGGUCUAAGUAUCUGGACCAGGACACGGAAGACUCCCCCGUGGAAGACGACGAUGACGAGGGACCAUUUUCAUAUAGGCAGCAGCUGCAGCAGCAGCUCCUCUCCUUCAAGAAUGGCACAGUUAAAACAAGGAAAAGGAAGGGCCCAUCUUCCUGUGAUCCGAGCGGCUCUGCACAGAGGGAUCCAGAAGGAAGCAGAUAUCCUGACCUCCCCCUCGGAGCCAAAAAGAGCUGUUCCGGAUUGACAACAGGGGUGGAACAAGAGAGCAGCAACAGUGAAUGUAAAGGCCCCAACGCUCCUCUUACCAGUGAGUUAUCUACUCCUGUGUGCCAGACCACAGCUCUACCUUCAAAGUGGGAUAGAUUUCUCCCAACUCCUAAAGAUGACCAUUGCAGGGACCUGAUUCCUUCAGUUCAAGAAAGAGCCUGGAAGUCAAGCCUCAAGGAGCACACAAAAGCGAGUCUCUUAACAGUACCCAGCACCUCUCCGGAAGAGGAAAACACCACAGCUUGCUCUCCUGGUGAGCAAAGCAAAGACUUCUGGGUAAAAAGCAAGGGUAGUGGAGUUUUCCACUUGACAGGAGGGCCUCAGGGCAGCCCAACUGGUGGGAGUACCAGCUUUCUCUCUGCCACCAGCAUGUGCCCAACUUCUAAUCAGAUGGAAGACAAACAUCUGAAAGCACCUUCCAUGACAACUCCAGCCAUGGUGAAGCCCCAGAUGAUCCAACCAAGUAACCUCUUUAAAACUGAUGAUGAUUUUGAAGAUGACCUGUGACAAGGCAAUUUUCCUUUCUGAAGAAUUCCCCAGAAGAGUCCCCUGUCCCUUUUAAAGCUUCCAGUGGGCUAAUCUGCAGGUUGGGUGGGGGUUUAGACUAGCCCAAAGUACUUUCACCAGUACUGGAGAUAUCUCAAAGUUGAGAGGAUGUACCAGGGCAACUUAAAGCAGCAGUAAGCUAAUGACCCCAUGUUCUCCCUCAGUCAGCUAAUGGUGAUGUCCUCUGUCUUGAACCAAAACUCCUGGGGGGGGGGGAAACUUCUGUAUUUGUGGAUAAAAAUAUUUUUAAAACACUGAAAUAAACUUUAGUAGCCAUAUUGUAA